GAGCGCCUCGCUUUACGUGCGGCGCGGCGGCGACGGCGGCCCGCGUCUCCCCCUCCUGCCGCGCGCGGGGCCGGGUCCCCGGACGGUGUCCAGCUGCGCCCCGGUCUGGCCGGUGCCACCUGCCUCCGCCAUGCCCCCCAAGAAGCAGGCUCAGGCCGGGGGCAGCAAGAAAGCCGAGCAGAAGAAGAAGGAGAAGAUUAUCGAGGACAAAACUUUCGGUCUAAAGAACAAGAAGGGAGCAAAGCAGCAGAAGUUUAUCAAGGCUGUCACUCACCAGGUUAAGUUUGGUCAGCAGAAUCCACGCCAGGUAGCACAGAGUGAAGCUGAAAAGAAGUUAAAGAAAGACGACAAGAAGAAAGAGCUGCAAGAGCUAAAUGAGCUGUUCAAGCCUGUGGUUGCUGCUCAGAAAAUAAGUAAAGGUGCCGACCCCAAGUCUGUGGUGUGCGCCUUCUUCAAGCAAGGGCAGUGCACGAAGGGGGACAAGUGCAAGUUCUCCCACGACCUCACUCUGGAGAGGAAGGGCGAGAAGCGGAGUGUUUACAUUGACGCACGAGAUGAAGAACUGGAGAAAGAUACUAUGGAAAACUGGGAUGAGAAAAAGCUGGAAGAAGUGGUGAACAAGAAGCACGGUGAGGCGGAAAAGAAAAAGCCCAAAACGCAAAUAGUGUGCAAGCAUUUCCUUGACGCUAUUGAAAACAACAAAUAUGGCUGGUUUUGGGUGUGCCCCGGAGGGGGCGAUAUUUGUAUGUAUCGUCAUGCACUUCCUCCUGGAUUUGUAUUGAAAAAAGAUAAGAAGAAAGAAGAGAAAGAAGAUGAAAUUUCAUUAGAAGAUCUCAUUGAAAGAGAGCGCGCCGCCCUAGGUCCAAACGUCACCAAGAUCACGCUAGAGUCUUUCCUCGCCUGGAAGAAGAGGAAGAGACAAGAGAAGAUCGACAAGCUGGAGCAGGACAUGGAGAGAAGGAAAGCCGACUUCAAGGCGGGGAAGGCGUUGGUGAUCAGUGGUCGUGAGGUGUUUGAAUUCCGUCCUGAACUGGUUGACGACGACGACGAGGAAGCAGACGACACCCGCUACACGCAGGGAGCAGGCGGUGACGAGGUUGAUGACUCGGUGAGCAUAAACGACAUAGAUCUAAGCCAGUACAUCCCGAGAGACGUGGAGGAGACAGGCAUCACCGUGGCCAGUCUGGAACGAUUCAGCACGUACACGGCAGAAAAGGAUGAAAACAAACUGAGCGAAGCCUCGGGAGGCAGGGCUGAGAACGGCGAGCGGAGCGACUUGGAAGAGGACCACGGCGGGGAGGGCCAGGAGAACGGGGUCGGCGCGGCGGUCCCCGUGGACGAGAACCUCUUCACCGGGGAGGACCUGGACGAGCUGGAAGAGGAGCUGAACACGCUGGACUUGGAGGAAUGACACCCGCCGGUCCGUGGAACCGGCAGCCCGCCCAGCAUGAAUUGAAAUGGACUGCAUCCAUUCCUUCCACCUCAAUCCGUCACCAGGAUGUCCGCUCCCAUCUGCUCUCGGAGGGCUCGCCGGCCUCCAGAGAGGACUCCUCCCUCGUCUUUCCUCCGACUGGCUCCAUCUCACAGGAAGUGCAGGUAGCGAAGGCAGUGCCUCAUGGCAGAGGCCGUCGUCGUGGUAACUGUGCACUCGGGGCGAUUGUCCUGCUCCCCGCGUCUGCUGUCCUUGGCCUGUGUCAGUGUGGGGACGUCGUGCAGCUGAGGGCCCUUUAUUUAAUGCCGUUUCGUGGGUGGUUCUGUUCCUCUGUGUUUGUGUGUUAACGACCUGGGACCUGCGCGCGGUGCUGACUUCCUUGGGCAGCGCAGCAGAUCGGGGUGUGGAGAAGUAGGCGGACCUUUACAGUGAAACUUCCUGACUCUGACCCGUCAGCUGCAGUGCCUGUGGUGAACUGUUCUCAUCGUAGCCCUCUUCUUUUUUGCCAAUAAAGUUGUAAAUAAAGACCAUCGUACAUCAAAAUCCAA